UAGUUUCACAAUUGCUGUUUCAGGGUGUCGUGCUUUGGAAAAAACGGGCGUUAAAUCAACCAUAGUGGCAGAUGGGAUGACUCGAGGCCCAGUUGUUCGUUUUCCAUGUAUCACUAAAGCCAGCGAAGUGGUUAUUUGGAUUAAAAAGUCUGAAAAUUUCGCGAAAGUGAAGGAGCAAUUUGAUUCAACCAGUCGAUUUGCUAAAUUAUCGAAAAUCUCACCACACAUAGCGGGGCGAUAUUUAUUUAUCCGCUUUAUGGCAGAAACUGGCGAUGCCAUGGGAAUGAAUAUGAUUUCAAAAGGAGCCGAAAAAGCCCUUUUGUACCUGCAAACCAUUUUCAACGAAAUGGAAAUUCUUAGCUUAAGUGGUAAUGUGUGUACUGAUAAGAAAGCGGCAGCUAUCAACUGGAUAGAAGGCAGAGGCAAAUCGGUAGUUUGCGAAGCUUUAGUCCCAGCCAAUAUUGUUCAAUCGGUGUUAAAAACUACUACACAUGCUUUGAUCGAUCUGAAUAUAUCAAAAAACAUGGUAGGAUCUGCGAUGGCAGGUUCCAUUGGUGGAUUUAACGCGCACGCUGCAAAUAUCGUUACGGCUGUAUAUAUUGCAACUGGACAGGAUGCAGCUCAAAACGUAGCCAGCAGCAAUUGCAUAACUAUAAUGGAGCCUUCUGGUGAUAAAGGCGAGGAUUUAUUAAUCUCCUGUACAAUGCCAAGUCUGGAAAUUGGCACUGUGGGUGGAGGUACUAUUUUGCCUGCUCAAUCUUCGUGCCUGGAACUAUUGGGCGUAAAAGGCCCACACAUGGCUAAUCCGGGAGAUAAUGCUAAACAGUUAGCAAGAAUCGUUUGCGGGGCUGUAUUAGCAGGCGAGCUUUCGCUUAUGGCAGCUUUGGCUAGUGGGCAAUUAGUCAAGAGCCAUUUAAGAUUUAACCGUUCCUAUUCUGAAAAAGAGGCUACAUCUAGCAAAUUAACAGAUAGAAGCAUGUCGUGCCAAACAUAGAAGGCACAAAUUGCGACUCUAGCGAUGAAUAUAGGUAAUUGUUUUUGUAUUGGCCAAAUAAACAAUAAGGUAUUUUAUUAGGGCAUUGUAAUAGUACUUUCUAGAUUUUCUUGAUUACACAGCGACACAAACCAAUUUUUUGAGACACCUAUAUUCUGUAGUAUUUUGGCCUGCUGAAUCCAAAUUCGCUGCCAAUAUACUGCCUGUACAAACUUUUUCGUCUUCUUCCUGUAGUUCACCUAGGAAUUUUGUUCGAACCGUCCAAAGCCGGUUUUUUAUAUAACUUUUCCAUAGCUAACCUGUCAAUAAAUAGUUCAAAAAAAAUUAAACAUUUUUUCGUUAAAAAUUUUGGUGGGUGAAAGAAACCCUUGCGAUUUUUACGAAACUGUACAUUCUAUUUUUGGUCUCGAAAACAAGCUUCCUAUCGAGAAAAGUUAUUGUUUAUUAAAUCUCAGGCUCAUCCAGCACUAUCUAACGGUAUUUUCAACUUUCUAGCUUUCAUAGUUUUGUAAAAAAUACUAUAGGACAUGUCUCAACACCAGAUCAAAAAAAAUUGAUUUGUGUGGCUGUGUUAUUAAUGGUGUUUGAUUGAAUUUUUCCAGCCUAUGUGAUGUAAACGAAGACUUUUCCAUCUUAAUUGUUAUACAUGAUUAUGUAGAGGAUUUAUAUUUGCAUAUUACAUGUUCGGAUAGGAGUUUUAUGAGAGGGAGAGAUACAAAGAGAGUGACGAUUAAAUUAGGAGCUUAUUUGGCCUUAAGUCUCCUAUACUCCUAGUUGACUGUUUUUCUCUAAUUUCAACAUUAAAUUGGCUACCAAUAGCUUGCAUGUCUGAGCAUAUGAUUCUUUUAAAACAAACGGGUUUAUAGCUAAUUAAAUUCGCCCUCCAGGACCACUUAGGAUUACUUUAGAUAAGAGGAAUUUAGAAUAUAGAUCUCAGUACUCACUUGAAGAUUUUGCUCACACCACCAAAAAUUACCAUAUAUCGUGUUAGUAUUUUUUUACUGGGUAACACUACAAUCGUAAACAGGAAAGUAAAAAUUAUUUCAAUCAAGAGUUGAUUGAAAUAUACAAAAAUACAGUAAAUUUAAUUCAUAUUCAGGCAAUAUUUUAAAUGGGUUACUAAUUACUACAUUGUAGUGGAUGGAAAAUCAGAGUACAAAUUACUUUAUUGCUCAGCUUAUUGAAACUGAGUGCUUUACAUCUGCUGCAGUUUGUACAUAGCGCUUAAUUUAUAUAGAUUCUGCUCAUCUCAGCGAUUCUUUUUGACUGAUUUUAUUGUCACUUGUACAGUUGAAAAAUAUUACAUCGCAGCUUUUGCUGAAUGUGAUGCAAAAUGUUGAAUUUUUCAUUUAUAUUGCUUUAAUUCUCUAUAGAUAGGUUGCAAGUGCAUAUUAAUUAAUGACUUGAAUUUACCUGUUUUUACUUGUUACUUUAUAAGUUUUUAUCAUGUUCAUCUCCAAGAGGCUCAAUAAAAUUUAAACGUUCGGUUGUUUCCCAUUACGUUAGUUUUUGUGAUAGUACGGUAAACAUAGUAGGUACCUAUUAUACGUAUUUAAUAAA